UCAAUACAAAAACGGCGAAAACAAGACAGAAAAGGAUAAGAAACUUCGGAUAAGUUUGGAGUUUAUUUUUCAAAUAUGUGAGAGAUUUUUCAAAGGUAUAUAUAGCAAAGGCUUUAAAAAGUAUAUGUGGUCAAUUUACAAGAUUACGAGUAUUUAUGUAGAACACAAGAAUGGCUUUAAGAUCAAUAUUAAUAAAAACUCGGAUCUCCCAAAAAUGUGUAUAUCCUUUUACUGCACUCUUCAGCAAUUCUUCAAUAGAAACAAUUAAUAAAAACGAAGAAAAUAGUGAAAACUGGAAAAAAGAGUUGCACGCAACAAUGAAAAUAUUUCCCGAUUUUCUAACUCAGCAAGAAGAGGAUUCUAUUCUCAAGGAAAUGGAUCCCUAUUUAAAACGACUGCGAUAUGAAUUUUCACACUGGGAUAACGCUAUACACGGAUAUCGUGAAACAGAACGUGCUAAAUGGAACGAAGAAAAUACAAAAAUUAUUGAUAAAGUUAGAACAAAAGCUUUUCCACCUGGAACUCCUCAACUUGCGUAUGUCCACGUGUUAGAUUUGUCGGCUGAGGGUUGGAUUAAACCUCAUGUGGAUAGUAUUCGGUUUUGUGGAGACGUUAUUGCCGGAAUCAGUUUGUUGAGCGACUGUGUAAUGCGACUUUCAUCCGUAGAAAAAGAAGAUCGAAAGGAGGAUUUUUUUCUCCCAAGAAGAUCUCUCUACAUUAUGAGUGGAUUAGCGAGACAAAAAUACAAUCACGAGGUCCUGAGUGCUGCAGAAUCAAUUUUCCAAGGAAAAAAAGUUCCAAGAGCUAGACGAAUUUCCGUGAUUUGUAGAACCGAGCCCGAUCCUCAAGUUGAUUAACGCAAAAAAGAUAUUUUUUGUAAGCCAUGUACAUAAAUUGUAUCAGUUUGUAAAUAGUAAAUACCCAAAAGUAUAG